GCGCCCCGUUGCGCGUCUCGCACGCAUGCGCGGCGGCCCCGGAAGCGGCGGGCGGCAGGGUGACACGUCGCAGCGCCGCGGCGGGGGGGCCGGGCCGUGGCAGGGUGCGGGAGAUGUCCGGCUUUGACAGCUUCACCACGGACUUCUUCCAGACCGGCUACAGCAUCGACGAGCAGGCCCAGCACUACGAGUACGGCGGCGGCGGCCGGCCCUACGGCAGGCAGUAUGGAGGCUAUGAGUACUCCCAGCAAAGUGGAUUCGUCCCUCCAGAGAUGAUGCAGCAGCAGCCGUACACAGGGCAGAUUUACCAGCCGACACAGACAUAUACUCCAACUUCAGCACAGUCUUUUUAUGGAAGUAACUUUGAGGAUGAGCCUCCUCUAUUAGAAGAAUUGGGGAUCAAUUUCGACCACAUCUGGCAGAAGACACUAACAGUGCUGCACCCAUUAAAAGUAGCAGAUGGCAGCAUCAUGAAUGAGACGGAUUUGGCUGGACCAAUGGUCUUCUGCUUAGCUUUUGGAGCCACGUUAUUACUGGCUGGUAAAAUUCAGUUUGGUUACGUGUAUGGAAUAAGUGCAAUCGGAUGCUUAGGGAUGUUUUGUCUCCUGAACUUAAUGAGCAUGACAGGCGUCUCAUUUGGCUGCGUUGCCAGUGUCCUUGGAUACUGUCUUCUUCCUAUGAUCCUACUUUCCACUUUCGCAAUUGUAUUUUCAUUGCAGGGAGUGAUGGGAAUUAUUCUCACGGCUGGAAUCAUUGGCUGGUGCAGCUUUUCUGCUUCCAAAAUCUUCAUUUCUGCCUUAGCAAUGGAAGGACAGCAACUUCUAGUAGCGUACCCCUGUGCUUUAUUGUAUGGAGUCUUUGCUCUCAUUUCUGUGUUUUGAAGAGACUGUCCAAAUUGUUGGACUCCAGUGGGCCAAAAUGAAGACAUCAACUUGGAAUAUUUAGUUGGACCAGACACGGCUGCAAACACCUGUAUAGUGUUGCUAUCACAAAAGUUAGACCAGUUUUAAAUCAUCUGGAACAAAUGUCUUGUGUUCACUUUUUUAGGACUUUGAAUACUGUUCGCAAUUGACCUGAGGUGUCUAUAGCUUUAAUAAGUGUUCAUGCUUAUCAAGUUAAUGUAAUUUCUUUCCCAUUCCUGUAUCUUUAGAAAAGUAACUUCUAGUUGUUUGUUUGAGCUGGUGGGGGGGUAAGGGGGAGGGGGUUUUUUGUUGUUUUUUUUUCAGGGGAGGGAGGGAGGAGGGAUGCAGUUACAGAUUGAAAGAUUGUUAUCACUAGAAGUUAACAAAACCACAGAUGAUGUGGAUUUGGAAAUUCUCUUUGAACAAAUCUGCAGUAAUAACCCAUUUCCUCUCCCCUCUUGCCAAAAGGAAAAUGCACAGAAGAACGCAAACAAUUAGUUCUAUAUUUUAACAAACACACUCUUAAGGUGUUUGGUCUCAUUUACUUGUUCAUUUGAUGUGAUAGUAUUUCAUGAUUUAAGAUACUGAAGUUAUGAAUUAAGCAACAGAUGCUUUAAAAAUUAAGAGGAUCUGUAAUUCUGUCACAUUUGAAAUAUGAAUACAUUUGGAUGUCUGAGUAGCUACAUGUUAACUUGAAUUUCUGAAGAUUACUUCAACUAGAGGAUUUUCCCCUAAUGGUGCACAUAUUAGUAGACAAAGAGUAAUCUCUUUUGCAGUACUUCCAAGAAAAACACCAUUUUGAAAAUGUUAUGCUUGUCAGUAUUGUAGUUACUGUAAAAGUAAGGUAUAUUGAUUAAAUUUUCCUUAAAUUUUGAGAAUGGUGUUUGAUUUUUCCAAUCUUUACUUUUGAAUGGACUUCGGUUAUUAAAAUAGGAACUUUCAUAUGGAAGCAAAAUCAUAUUUAAAAGUGUAUUCAGUUAGUGGAUUUGAUAUUUGCUUCAGCCAUACAUACUUAAUUUUACAUUACAAAUAUAAUCUAGUUUGCGAUAUUAGAUGCUUGCAAGAAGUCUUACAAGUGUAGGAAGUAGGAAAGCAAAAAUGCUUGGUCUUCACAUAAGCACUUGCUAAUUCUCAAAAGCAAGAAAAUGAUACAAACAUUUUAACUCAUAAUGCAAAGGGAAGAUAGUCAUUUUUUUUUCCCUUGGAAAUAAAGAAGCUCUAUCGAAGUGCUAGAUUAUCACUAGCAUUUUUUCAGCAAUUUAAUCCAAGGGAUUUCGUUUCAUUGAAUUUACUGAAGGUGUUAGUCUGGUGCUCAUCUGUCAGGUCUGUGGAAUGAUCUAUUCAUUGACUUCUGGAGUUGAAUCAGUGGUCAAAUGUGUUAUGUUAACACCUGGUAAGACUCAGUCUGUGAAUGAGUCUUACAUCAAAGAAAAAUUUUUUUCUGUGGUAGCUCUCUGUGGAAAACUACCAUGAGUGAAUAAUUUCCCAGACCAGUGCGUGUUAUUGUUCACUCUUCCCUUAGUUCUUCUCAUUCUCCUUAAAAAAAUAAUCUUCCUAGUCCCAUUAGAAGUUGCUGAUGAGGUUGUCCCCCUCCUUUGGCUGUCCCCCUCCUUUGGCUGGAGCUAACUGUGUUGUGUUCCUGAGAGCUGUGGGAAGUGCUGAGUGAGUGUGAAAGCAUUAAGAACCGAACACUGAUGCAGAAAACUGUUUUGACUCUUGUACUGUAUCUGGCUGUUGUAAUGAAUUUUAAAACUCACAAAAAAAUUCAAUUUCCUUUGAGAAUUGGAUUCAAGAGCCCAGAUAAUUUUAUACUUUGAUACCUUAUUACAAGUUAUCACUCUAAAUAAAACAGUUGAGUUUUUUUUAUUUACUGG